AUGGAGCACUCGGCGAAGCGGCGCAAGCGGUUCGUGCGGAGCAAGAACGGGUGUCUGACCUGUCGUCAGCGCAAGGUCAAGUGCGACGAGCGCCGGCCCGUCUGCGAUCGAUGCGAGGCCGAGGAGCGCCAGUGCCUGGGCUUUUCGGGCCCGCCAAGGCCCAAGAUCGCCGAGUUAAUGGCCCCUCAGGCACCGUCGGAGGGAUCACGGACGAGCCAUUCACCACAGUGGAGCAGCGAGGCGCCGCUGAGCGUGCCGAGCACGCCGCUUAGCGCACCGACGCAGCCAGGGCAGCCGCAACCCAUGCUGUACCUUGCGCCGGGUGACGCGACAUUUGACAGCAUCGUUGCCUCGCUCAUGACGCCGAUGCCGUCCGACGACGACGACGCCUCGCGGCAGCUCCUCGACUGGAUGUCGGCCGUCAUGAUGGAGCAGGCGCCCGUGUCACGAAAGAGCGGCCCCGGCGGCGGCGGCGGCGGCAGCAGCAGCGGCAGUGGCAGCGGUGAAGGUUCAGGCCACGUGCUGCCGGCGACGAACCUGCAGCAGCGCCUGCGCAGCCUGUGCACGUCAGAAGUCCAGCUCGAGGCCGUGUCCCGGUUCUUCAACUUUGUCGUCCAGAUCUUCCACCUGAUCCCCGCCGAGGCGAGCCUGUGGCGCAAGGUGUUUGGCGAGCUGUGCAUCGACAGCACCCUCGUCCUCGACCUCGUCACCGCCGUCGGCCUCGUCUCCCUCUCGCUCUCGGGGCCCACGAACCGGCGGCCGGCGGCAUACGCCUACCUGUCGCGCUCACUGGCCACGUGGCAGCGGCUCAGUGCGCUCCCUGCGCGCACGGCGCUCCAGACGCUCGAGCUGCUUGCGGGUGCGCUCCUCGUCGGCCACGUCGAGCAGUUUGACAGCGGCGUCGGCCAGCACACCAACGGCUGCAUUGCACGUGCCAUGCGCGAGGUCCUCGACGUGCUUGCCUCGUCGGCGUCUUCGUCGUCGUCGUCAUCAUCGUCUUCCUCAUCCUCGUCGCCAUCACCGUUACCCGUCGACCAGGGCCCCGACUCGCCGUUUCGCUUCCUGGUCCGGCUGCUGCUGUGGUGGGACACGCUGUCGCGGACCAUGGGCCCCGGCUCGGCCCCGCUCGACGCCGCGCCCCUCUUUGCCGCCGCCCGGCGCUGGGACUCGGACCCGGCCGAGGGCUGCAUGGCGCUGACCCAGUGCGUCUGCAGCUGGCCCCUCGACCUGCUCGAGGCCGUGGCGAGGAUCACGCGCGCAGCUCGAAGAGGCAGCGGCAGCGGCGACGACGACGACAAGACGGCCGCGCGGAGCAUCGAGAACCAGAUCAAGUCCUGCCGGCCCCGGAGCAUCACCGAGGACAGCUUCGCCAUGGCCGAAAAUCGGUACCGCAUCUUUGAGGCGCUCCAGGCCGGCGUCGUCGUCUACUUUUGCCGCGUCUUUGGCUUCGAGGGCCGCAGCGAGGCGCAAAAGGUCGUCGGCUUCCUCACCCGCCGCUGGGCCCACGACGAGGGCGGCCGCCAGCGGCGCCAGGCCGAGCGCGGCGCGUGGCAGGAGCGUGCGCCCGACGGCGCCCUCCUCUGGUCCUACCUCCAGGCCGUCUCGGCGCUCGUCGACGCCGACGAGCAGGCCGCCUGCCGCUCGACGCUGCACAACUGGGCCUGCUUUGGCGACUGCGGCGCCAUUGCCACGGGCAUCGACCUCGUCGAGGCCAUCUGGAAGCGCCGGUCCCGCGGCCCGAGCCAGCAGACGUGGGAUGACGUGCAGCGCGAGGCCCGGUGGGCGCAGCUUCUGAUCUUUUAG